UAUGCACUGGACAAGGGGUAUAUUCAUUCUUUCAAUUUUUUAAAAUGUUCUGGGCGGGUUGCCAUCUCAUGAAACACGCUGCGUCGCAAUCUCCGUGAUAAUCACUGAUCAUCUAACAAUCACCACACACUUUCAAAAACUCUACGUCUUGAAGGUCGACCACACAAAAUAUAUAAUAUCCUAGACUCUUUUAAUUCAGGUCCAAAAUGGGACGUGUAAAAGUAAUGAUCUCACCGUGACGACCAUUUUGGAACUCCCAAAGAAAUAUCCAAUUGUAUCUGUACUCGUAAUUUUAUCAAUCAGCUCGAUCAGUUGUCAAAUCUGAAACUUUAAAAUGAAGAAUGACAAGCCUCGUAAUGCUAUGCCAUGUUUAAAAAAAUGUAUACAAGCAGUUCCUUCGGCAUUACUCAUUACUCUCAUCGCAUGGACCUAUUACACUUAUAUUGUGGAGUUCUGUAUCAUAGAAUUACGAAAGCAUACCACGAGACAGACGAUUUGCUUGACGAUUGGCAAUGCCUUUUUCCUCAUGUUCACAUGGUGUUACUUACAUGUUCUGUGCUGCAAAACAAACUACAGGAUUCCCAACGAGUUCAAGCUUUCGGCUGUGGAGCAUGAUCGACUUUUAUAUUUGACUCCGCAGAAGCAAAGUGAAGUUUUAGAGCAAUAUGCUCAGAAUAGACAUCUAACUUUAUGGCUAAGAACUGCUGAUAAUCUGAUAAGAUAUUGUAUGAAAUGCCAUCAAAUAAAACCAGACAGGGCACAUCAUUGCUCCUCUUGUGAGAGCUGUGUCCUUAAAAUGGAUCAUCAUUGCCCUUGGACGAAUAAUUGUGUUGGUUUCGCCAAUCAAAAAUCGUUCAUGUUGAUGCUGACGUAUGGAACAUUAGCUUGUUUAUUCUACUCGAUAGCAGUUAUCGAAUAUUACCUUCAUGUCGGUUACGUAAAACCAAACAUCCACACAGGUUUCAUAUGUUCAGGAUUUUUCUCAUCUUCAUUCCUCAUCAUCUUCAUGACCGUUCUGUUUGGUCAGCAUUUAGUUCUUAUAUUGAAGAAUGAAACGAUAAUAGAAUCAAUUCAAGAAGUACAUUUCAUAAACCCACGUCUCACUUUCAAUAUGGGACGUAUGCAGAAUUUUUUAGAUGUUGCUGGAGAAAUUUGCUGGAAAUGGUGGAUACCCAACAACUCUUCCUAUGGAAAUGGCGUUUACUUUGAAGUUCGAUACAAACCUGGUAGUAGUUCAAGAGGAAGUUCGGGUACUUACAGCAGAAACUCCAGAUUAUAGAGAAAAUACACUGUUUUAUUUAGUCUAAGCACAACAUGUAGGAAAUGCAGUUUCGAUCAAAUAUUCAAAUUUGUAUAUUCGUGAAAGUUUCUGAAGAAUAAAGUAAUAAUAAUAAUAUAUUUGUUAAAAUGUUACAUGUUGUAUAAUUUUAAUCCAAUUUUAUAAAAAUUAUCAACUAAGGGUA